CUCUCGCACCUGGUGCCAUGUUAAAUCAUAUUUAUAUAUUCAUAUAUAUAUAUAAUUUAACGAGCGACAGUGUGCGUUUUAGUUGCGCAGGAUUAACUGGUGGGACAGCACGCGGUGACGUCACCAAACAUGACCGGAAGUGCUCAGUUGCUAACAAUCAGCUGACAGAGCGACAACAUCUACAGAUCCCACGAUGGCCUACCCUAAAUCCUACAACCCGUUUGCGGAGGACGAGGAGGACGAUUUCAGGCCCAAAAGAAGGGAGUUUGACGACGACGACGAUGACGACGACCCCGGCGACAGUGGGCUGAGCGAACCGGAGAGGAGACAGCGGCACCUCCAGCAGCAAGUGAUGCGCACGGCUCAGUCUGCCGUGGACAGUAGCCACCGCUCCCUCGGGCUCAUCUAUGAAUCUGAGAAGAUUGGUGUGGACACUGCAGAGGAGCUGGUUCGACAAGGUGAGGUUCUGAAGAGGACCGACAAGAUGAUGGACAACAUGGAUCAGGACCUGAAGACCAGCCAGAAGCACAUUGACGGCAUCAAGAGCAUGUGGGGCGGCCUCGUCAACUACUUCAGGGCCAAGCCGGAGACAAAGCCACCGCCCGAGGAGCCAAAGGCCUACCAGGCCAACGACCGAUUACAGACGGCCAUGUCCAGCAGCCGAGGACACGAAGAUAAGUACCAGGCCAGCCACCCCAAUCUCAGAAAGCUGGACACGGGAGGGUUCGGAGCGUCUGAUGACGGCUCAUCCGGCAAGAACGGAUACCCUCAGAACAGACACCUGCGGGAGGCUCACCAGACCCUCGACAACAAUCUAGAUGAGAUGUGCGGCGGGUUGAGCAGACUGAAGAGCCUCGGCCUUGGCCUCCAGUCCGAGAUCGACGACCAGGACGACUCCCUUGAUUCUCUGAUGAACAAAGUGGACAAGAUGGAUCUCAAGAUCCACAACACGAACCAACAGAUUAAAAACCUCAAGUAAAACAAACGUUUGCUCUCGCGGAGACGGAAGACGGCAACAGGUCGUCCUCUCACGUGGCGCAAAGACAUUUCUAUCCAUUUCUUUCAUUUUCCUUGUUUAGCUUCCAUUUUUGUCCAGGUAAAAACAUUGUUUUGUUUUCUCUGUCGAGCUCCACGGGGUUGUUGGUUUCGGCGAUUUAGAGUUUGAUCUUGUUUUUUUCUUCCUCUGCCUCCAAAGACGUUCUCGUCAUUCGGGGCAAAUCGGAUGAAUGGUUUCUGAAAUGAAAAGGAGCUUAAAAUAAAAUGAAAAUCAUUAA